GGAUCUUCAAGCCCCACAGUCACUAUUUAUCCUUUUAAAUACUAGGGUUUCAUUGUCGUCAUUGGUAGAAACUAAAUUCGGUUAACUUUUACAUUUUGGCUUUCCUUUUAUAUUUGCUGUGCUGGGUCUUGAAAGUUAGACACAGAAGCUUCAAUGGCGGAAGAAGAGGGUGAUGCUUUUUAUGUGGUUCGGAAGGGGGAUAUCAUUGGCGUAUAUAAAAACUUAAGGGAUUGCCAAAACCAAGCCGGUUCUUCGGUAUGCAAUCCUUCUAUAAGUGUGUUCAAAGGCCACGGUUUGCCUAAGGAGGCUGAGGAGUACCUUGUCUCGCAUGGGCUUAAGAAUGCUUCUUAUACUAUCUGUGCCAAUGAUGUGAAAGAUGAUCUUUUUGGAAUACUUGCUGCUUGCCCUUACCAGCAGCCCGAUUCUUCUAUAGUAGAAUCAGCUGUCAAUGACUCAGCACCAAAUAGAUUGCAGGAGAUGGUUGGGUCUACUUCAUUCCCAACCACUCAGAGAAGGCAUUUCAAAUCUGAUGAUCAUAUUGAAACUCUAUCUGUUUCUUAUAGUGGUCAGCCAGAUUGUUCUACAGUAGAAUCAGCUGUCAAGGACUACUCACCACCAAAGAGAUUGCAGGAUAUGGUUGGGACUAGUUCAAUCCCUACCUCUCAGAGAAAGCAUUUCAAAUCUGAUAAUCCUAUUGAAACUCUAGCAGUUUCUUCAAGUGGUCAUUCCUGUAUACUUGAGUUUGAUGGUGCUUCAAAAGGAAAUCCUGGACAAUCUGGUGCAGGAGCUGUGCUACGAGCUGAAGAUGGAAGCGCUGUCUACCGGUUACGUGAAGGGGUGGGCAUUGCAACAAAUAACGUUGCUGAAUAUCGAGCUGUAAUUUUGGGAUUGAAAUAUGCUCUUGAAAAAGGAUAUAAACACAUUCGCGUUAAAGGAGACUCUAAACUUGUCUGCAUGCAGAUUCAGGGUCUCUGGAAAACCAAAAAUCAGAAUAUGGCUGAGCUGUGCCAAGUGGCCAGGGAGCUCAAGGAAAAGUUUAUGUCAUUUGAUAUCAAUCAUGUUCUUAGGGAUUACAAUUCUGACGCUGAUGUUCAAGCAAACCGAGCAAUAAAUCUUCAAGAUGGACAAGUUGAAGUGGAUUGGAACGGGAAGUAAGUUCAAAUGAUGGAAAGGGAGACAUUGUUUUGUAGGCUGAGAGAAUUGGAACCAGGACUUGAUUAAACAUAUGCUUUCAGAUUCUGUUGGUUAAGAUGUAUUGAAACGCACUGCUUUGGAACUUCUGAUGGAGCAAGAGCUCCUUAAUAUGCACAUCCCAAUUCCUAAUUUCAACU